AUGGCGUGUCUGCCAAACGAGCUGAUCGUGUGGGAAAUCCUAGUUCGUCUGCCCAUCAAAUCACUGUGGCGGAUAAGGUGCGUCUGCAAGGACUGGCGCGACACCAUUUCCGGCGAUCCUUCCUUCGCUCAGUCGCACCUCCACCGACUUCGCAAGCAAAAUGGAAAAUACCAUAGCCUCCUCAUCGCACCACGUGUCUAUCACAAGGUGGUCGAAUCUAAGAUAGACCGAUAUGAGGUCACCAACCCGGGAUUGUACCUAUGGGAGGAGAGCCGGCAGCAUGACGCGACCCUCUUACAUGACACCUCCUCGUUCCCUGUGGAGGAGACGCGGAUCAGGCACGGGUUUGCACACUGCGAUGGACUUGUGUUGUUGCCGACCGAGGAUAUCGUGCGUGUGCUCAAUCCAACCACACACCAAGUCCUCGAGCUGCCUUGGAGCCCCAACAGCAUCGGACCGCGCCGGUGUUCAUAUGGUUGUAUACACAAAGGCCACCAGGCGUUUGGCUUUGGUCGCAGCCAUCGCUCCAACGCCUACAAGGCCGCUCGCUUCUUCUAUCGUGAAAAGCAUGCCAUGGGUGGUAUUGUGAUGGAGGUGUUCACUAUCGGACAGGACCACUACUGGCAUGAGACGGCCGCACAGCCACCGUACCCAUUUCUAGUAGGGCGAAUUGCCACCUUCUUCAAGGGUUCCUUGAUCUGGAUAGUUGACCAACACUCACUUAUGUAUGAAUAUGAUCACUUGGUUUUACAUGAUCGUGCACGUAUGUCGUGUUUUGUCUGCUUUAGCCUCGAGGACGAGUCAUUUAACAUCAUGACGGGUCCUCCACGGCUUGAAGGACCCGACUAUUUAGAAUACAGCGUAGCUGAGUUGAACGGUGAGCUAGCCGUCCUUCGUCUAGCGCCCACCUAUGAAUCAGUUGAGAUAUGGAUGUGCGCUGAUGCGGAAGGCAACAAACCGCAACGGUGGGAGCAACACUAUGCUUUUGGCUUUUCAUCUUCUGUUCGUCUGCUAGCCACAUUUGAUGAUGAUAUAGUGUACCAAGGCGGAUUAUCAGAUCUUCGGCAUCAAACUAGUCAAGGAGAUAAUAUUAUGGUUGACAUGAAUAACUUGGCGUAUUAUAACCCCGACAUGGGAACACUUGUUGAAUACCCAUGGUGGGACACGGAGGACUUUGAUGUAAUCUUUUUUAUUCCUUCUCUAGUCCAAAUCUAG